CUGCAACUCGCACCGACUGCAACUCUGUCGUGCUGAACAUUCGCUGCUCGGCUUGCACACGUUUGCAGCGGUGCGAACACAAUGCUGCUCCAUGUAUGGCUUGCCCUCAGCACCAAUGCGCUCGCGCCGCAUCCACCGCUGCGCCGCACCACGCGUCUCCACGCCCGAAGCCCGCAACGCCGGCCGCGCGCCGUCGACUACGGCGACGCCUCGCUCGACGACGAUCUCUACUACCUCCGCGACGCGGACGACGCCGAAACGCGGCACCAGAUGGCGUACGAAGCGUCCGCAGCCGCGGCCGCGGCCUCGUUCCUCGAGCCUAGCCGUGAGGCGGUUGCCGAAUUCGUCAUUGCGACGGCGCCGCCGCCUCCCACGCCGCCGCCGCGCUGGGCGACUUUUGGUGGGUGGGAGUGGCGCGAGCGCGUCGCCGGCGACCGCCGGGUCUGGGAGCGGCGGCGGCCCGGCAGCGACGACGACGCGGAGGUCGUGCUCGACGAAGACGCGGCGCCCGCGACGCUCACGAGCGAGUUCGGCGGCGGGGAGUAUCGUGGCUUCGUGCGCGGCAUCAGCGACGCGAAGAUAUCGCCGGACGGCGAGCGCGUCGCGUACACGGUCGACGCCGCCGGCGACGAGAAGUACGUGUGCGAAUUCCUGCCGGAGGGCGUACCGCCGGUGAGGGACGUCGACGCGUGCGUGGCGUGGGGCGGCGACGGCGACCUCUAUGCGCUGCGCACGGACGCCACGGGCCGGCCGCACGAGGUCUGGCGUAUCAAAGACGGCACGGAAUCGCUGGUCUUCCGCGAGGACGACCAACGCUUCCGCAUCGAGGUCAUACCGGGGGAAACCGUACUCUUCUUGCUGCGGAGCCGCGACGCGGCCGAGGUGCGGGACGCGGCGGGGGCCGUGCUGGUGCCGCGGCGCCAGGGCGUCGAGGUCGCCGCAUGCGACCUGCGCGACGGCGUGCUUUGGCGCGUCGAGGACUCGGUAUUGCUGCGCGGCGAGGACGCCGUCGCCGUCCCCGGCGCGGCCGCGCUCGACGCCGUCGUGGCCGCGGGCGCGGACCGGGCCGUCGUCGGCGGCGUGGCCGACGCGAGGGGCGCGGCGUGGCUCGUCUCCGACGGCGAAGUCACGCAGAUCGACCCGCCGGCGCCCUACGACGACGUUGAACUACGGACCGACGUACCAGUGGUCGAGGGCCUCGUGGCGCUCGAAGUCUCCGCGCCGCACCGCUUUGCACGCGUUUUGCGCUAUGACGUCGCGAAAAACGCGUGGGCAGACGCGCCACCCCCACCGACGCCGCACGAGAGCGCGCUGGCCGUCGAGCGCUUCGAGGUCGAGGGCAUCCCCGUGUCGCUAGCUUCGUCGCCCAAGACAACCAGUGCCGUCGCGAUGUACGCCUACGGCGCCUACGGCGCGCGCCUGCCGCGCGCGCUGGACGCGGAACGGUGCGCGCUCCUCGAGAACGGGUACGCAGUGGCGAGCUGCGGGGUCCGGGGCGGCGGCGAGCGCGGCGCGGCCUGGCACGCCCAGGGGCGGCGCCUGGACAAGGAGCGGUCGGCCGCCGACGUCGUCGCGUGCGCGAGCGCUCUCGGACAACGCUACGGCCGCGUCGUGGCGCGCGGCCGGUCGGCCGGCGGGCUGAGCGUGGGCGGCGCCGUAUGCGCGCGACCGGACCUCUUUGCCGGCGUGGCGCUCGACGUGCCGUUCUUGGACCCGCUUGGCACGCUCCAGGACUCGACGCUGCCGCUAACGGUUAAUGAGUGGGAGGAGUUCGGGGACCCUCACGACGCCGCCGCGCGCGCGGCGAUUGCGGCCUACGCACCACUGCAGCGUGCGGCAGGCGUCGAGUCCUUCCCGCCGUGCCUGCUGCGGCCGGCGCUCCGCGACGCGCGCACGGGCUGGUGGGAGAGCUUCAAGUUUGCCGCCGCCGUGCGCGACGCCACCGGCGACGCGGCGACCGUGGUCGUGCACGCCGACGACCGCGGACAUUUCGGGCCGGCGGCGGGACGGGCGCGCGCUUACGAUGCAGCAUUACCAGUCGCGUUCCUGCUGGCCUGCGGCGAGGACGCGCUCGCCGCGGCCGUCGACGCCGUGCCUGCGGACGAGACCAGCGAUGCGACCUUCACCGUCGACGCCGCCCCAGACGCAGCUUUGCUGACAAAGGCCGCCGAGCUCCGCACAGAGGUCUUCUCUCCCCACCUCACGACCGUCGGCAGCCGAUACCUCCAGACGCGGCGCUACGAGGACGAGCUCAAGGAGGCCGCGGGCGUGGCGGUCGCAGUGAGCGGCGGCGACGUCGUCGGCGUCGCGUCGGCCGCCGCGGUGCCGGCGGACGCCUGGUACGUGUCGGCCGUCGCGACUGCGCCCCAGUGGCGGCGCCGCGGCGUCGCGUCGGCCCUGCUCGACGCCCUCGACAAAACGCGCGGCCACAACGCGGCGCUUCUUCACGUCGUCGAGACUAACGCCGCCGCGCGCGCGCUUUACGAGCGCCGGGGCUUCGAGGCCAUCGACGAAAAUUCUUUGGCGGCCGCGUGCGCCGCAGCGGUCGCGCGCGAGAUCGAGGGCUCCGACGAGGCGCAAAUCCUCAUGCGCCUGCCCGGCACGGGCAAAAAGCCGAAGCCUGCGAAGGCGCCGAAGAAGCGGAAGCGGUCGAAGGGCUUCUCCCGCAAACGAUAA